AUGUCGGGUUACGCAGGCGCUGCCGGCGGCGGUCAUUACGAUGAUGGCUACGCCCAGCAAGGCCAUGGUGAUUCCUACUAUCAAGAUGAGCACGCUCAAGGGUACUACGACAACCAGGGCUAUGGAGAUGGUUACUAUGACCAAGGACACGGUUACUACGGUGCUGAAGGUGGUGCUCAUGGUGCCGAGGCUGGCCACGGAUACGCCGAUGGAGGAUACUACGAGGGAGGUGCUCAGCAGGACCAGUACUACGGCGACCAGUACUACGAUCAGGGCCAGGGAGAAUACGGACGCGGCCGACGGGGACAUGACUCCGAGGCAGACUCCGAGACCUUUAGUGAUUUCACCAUGAGGUCCGAAACUGCCCGUGCUGCCGACAUGGACUACUACGGCCGGGGAGAUGACCAGUACAACAGUUAUACCGACAGUCAAUACGGCCGCGGUGGCUACGGCUACCGCCCUCCUUCAUCUCAGAUCUCCUACGGUGCCAACCGUUCAUCCGGUGCCUCGACUCCGGUCUACGGAAUGGACUAUGGCAACGCGUUGCCCCCUGGCCAGCGUUCGCGAGAGCCAUACCCAGCUUGGAGCGCUGAUGCCCAGAUCCCUCUCUCGAAAGAGGAGCUUGAGGAUAUCUUCUUGGAUCUGGUCAACAAGUUUGGUUUCCAGCGCGACAGCAUGCGGAACAUGUACGACCACAUGAUGACCAUGUUGGAUUCUCGCGCCUCGCGUAUGACGCCGAACCAAGCUCUUCUCUCCAUCCACGCCGAUUACAUUGGUGGACACAACGCCAAUUACCGCCGCUGGUACUUUGCCGCUCAUCUUGAUCUCGACGAUGCAGUGGGUUUCGCCAACAUGAAACUUGGCAAGGCCGAUCGUAAGACUCGCAAGGCCCGCAAGGCUGCUCAGAAGGCUGCCAAGCAGAACCCAGAGAACGAGGAGGAAACUCUAGAGGCUUUGGAGGGCGAUAACAGCUUGGAAGCUGCUGAAUACCGCUGGAAGUCGCGCAUGAACCGCAUGUCUCAGCACGACCGCGCCCGUCAGGUUGCUUUGUACCUCCUCUGCUGGGGUGAAGCUAACCAAGUGCGCUUCCUGCCCGAGUGUUUGUGCUUCAUCUUCAAGUGCGCCGAUGACUACUAUUCUUCCCCCGAAUGCCAGGCGCGUGUCGAGCCCGUGGAGGAACUUACCUACCUCAACGAGAUCAUCACUCCUCUGUACCAGUACUGCCGCGACCAGGGAUACGAGAUCAUGGACGGCAAGUACGUUCGCCGUGAGCAUGAUCACAACAAGAUCAUUGGCUAUGAUGACAUGAACCAGCUCUUCUGGUACCCCGAGGGUAUCGAACGCAUUUCCUUCGAGGACAAGACUCGUCUAGUCGAUAUUCCUGUAGCCGAACGUUGGCCCAAGCUGAAGGACGUCGUCUGGAAGAAGGCGUUCUUCAAGACCUACAAGGAGACUCGAUCAUGGUUCCACAUGGUCACCAACUUCAACCGUAUCUGGGUUAUCCACUUGUGUUCCUUCUGGUUCUUCACUGCAUACAACGCUCCCACCCUCUACACACCGAAUUAUCAGCAACAGCUGGACAAUAAACCAAUCACUCCCAGGUACUUGGCUGCGGUCGGUUUCGGAGGUGCUCUCGCUGCUUUCAUUCAAAUCUUCGCCACUAUCACUGAAUGGUUGUACGUUCCGCGUCGUUGGGCCGGAGCUCAGCAUCUGCGCAAGCGUUUCUUCUUCCUCCUGGGUGUCUUCAUUGUCAACCUGGUCCCUGGUGUGGUCAUCUUCGGUUUCCUGAACAAGCUGCCAAAGAGCACCCAAAACCCGGUCGGCCUCGCUCUUGGUAUUGUCCACUUCGUCAUCGCUCUCCUGACUGCAAUCUUCUUCGGUAUCCAGCCCCUUGGUGCGCUCUUUGGUAGCUACUUGAAGAAGCACGGCCGUCAGUAUGUCGCCAGUCAGACCUUCACUGCAAGUUUCCCCCAUCUCUCGGGCAAUGACAUGUGGAUGUCUUACGGUCUCUGGGUUUGCGUUUUCGGUGCCAAGUUGGCUGAGUCUUACUUCUUCCUGACUCUGUCCUUCAAGGAUCCCAUUCGCAUUCUGUCUCCUAUGCAGAUUCACCAGUGCACUGGUGCCCAGUACAUUGGCAACGUGUUGUGUCACCGUCAGCCCCAGAUUCUGCUGGGUCUGAUGUUCUUCAUGGAUUUGACUUUGUUCUUCCUGGAUAGUUACCUGUGGUACAUUAUCUGUAACACCAUCUUCUCCGUCGCGCGUUCCUUCUACCUCGGUGUCUCGAUUUGGUCUCCCUGGAGAAACAUCUUCUCCCGUCUGCCCAAGCGUAUCUACUCCAAGGUUCUGGCUACCACUGACAUGGAGAUCAAGUACAAGCCCAAGGUUCUGAUUUCUCAGGUCUGGAACGCGAUCAUCAUCUCCAUGUACCGCGAGCACCUCUUGGCCAUCGACCAUGUGCAGAAGUUGUUGUACCACCAGGUUCCCUCUGAACAGGAAGGCAAGCGCACUCUCCGUGCUCCUACUUUCUUCGUAUCCCAGGAGGACCAAUCUUUCAAGACCGAGUUCUUCCCUCAAGGUAGUGAGGCCGAGCGUCGUAUUUCCUUCUUCGCCCAGUCGCUCGCCACGCCCAUGCCUGAGCCACUUCCCGUCGACAACAUGCCCACUUUCACUGUUCUCAUUCCUCACUACAGCGAGAAGAUCCUCCUCUCCCUGCGUGAGAUCAUUCGCGAGGACGAGCCAUACUCCCGUGUCACUCUCCUGGAAUACCUGAAGCAGCUCCACCCUCACGAGUGGGAUUGCUUCGUCAAGGAUACCAAGAUUCUUGCCGAUGAGACCUCCCAGUUCAACGGCGAGAAGCCCGAAAAGGAUGCCGCCAAGAGCAAGAUCGAUGACCUGCCCUUCUACUGCAUUGGUUUCAAGUCUGCCGCCCCCGAGUACACCCUUCGCACGCGUAUCUGGGCUUCCCUUCGCUCUCAGACCCUGUACAGAACUGUCUCUGGUUUCAUGAACUACAGCCGUGCUAUCAAGCUCCUGUACCGCGUUGAGAACCCUGAAGUUGUUCAGAUGUUUGGUGGAAACUCCGAGAAGCUUGAGCGCGAGCUUGAGCGUAUGGCCCGACGCAAGUUCCGUAUCUGUGUUUCCAUGCAGCGUUACGCCAAGUUCAACAAGGAUGAGCGUGAGAACACCGAGUUCCUGCUCCGUGCUUACCCCGACUUGCAAAUCGCCUAUCUUGACGAGGAGCCUCCUGCCACCGAGGGCGAGGAGCCCCGUCUGUACUCUUCUCUGAUUGACGGCCACUGUGAACUUCUCGACAACAACAUGCGCAAGCCCAAGUUCCGCAUCCAGCUGUCUGGCAACCCCAUUCUUGGUGACGGAAAGAGUGACAACCAAAACCACGCCAUUAUCUUCUACCGCGGUGAAUACAUUCAGUUGAUUGACGCUAACCAGGACAACUAUCUCGAGGAGUGCCUCAAGAUUCGCAGUGUCCUGGCUGAGUUUGAGGAAUUGACCACGGAUAAUGUUUCGCCCUACACCCCUGGUAUUGCCUCGCCUGAUAGCAACCCCGUCGCCAUUCUCGGAGCCCGUGAAUACAUUUUCUCUGAGAGUGUCGGUGUCCUUGGUGACGUUGCUGCCUCCAAGGAACAAACAUUCGGUACUCUAUUUGCCCGUACUCUUGCCCAGAUCGGUGGUAAGCUGCAUUAUGGUCACCCUGAUUUCCUGAACGCAACCUUCAUGUGUACUCGUGGUGGUGUAUCCAAGGCCCAGAAGGGUUUGCAUCUGAACGAGGAUAUCUACGCUGGUAUGAACGCCGUUCUUCGUGGAGGUCGAAUCAAGCACUGUGAAUACUACCAGUGUGGUAAGGGUCGUGAUCUUGGUUUCGGGUCCAUUCUGAAUUUCACAACGAAGAUCGGUACAGGUAUGGGUGAACAGAUGCUCUCUCGAGAGUAUUACUACCUAGGUACCCAGCUGCCUCUCGAUCGCUUCCUGUCCUUCUACUACGCUCACCCUGGUUUCCAUCUUAACAACAUGUUCAUUAUGUUGUCUGUGCAGAUGUUCAUGAUUGUCCUGAUCAACCUUGGUGCCCUGAAGCACGAGACUAUCAUGUGUCGAUACAACUCCGACCUACCCAUUACCGAUCCUCUCCAGCCCACUCUCUGUGCCAACCUAACUCCCAUUCUGGACUGGGUCAACCGUUGUGUUAUCUCUAUUUUCAUUGUGUUCUUCAUCUCGUUCGUUCCUCUCGCUGUCCAAGAAUUGACAGAACGAGGUGUCUGGCGUAUGGCUACUCGUCUGGCUAAGCACUUUGGUUCAUUUUCCUUCAUGUUCGAAGUGUUUGUUUGCCAGAUUUACGCCAACGCUGUCCACCAGAACUUGUCUUUCGGAGGUGCCCGAUACAUCGGUACUGGUCGUGGUUUCGCUACUGCCCGUAUUCCCUUCGGUGUGCUCUACUCGCGUUUCGCUGGUCCUUCCAUCUACGCUGGUGCUCGUCUCCUGCUGAUGCUCUUGUUCUCCACUACCACCGUCUGGACUCCUGCCCUCAUUUGGUUCUGGGUCUCCCUGCUCGCGCUUUGCAUCUCGCCGUUCCUGUUCAACCCUCACCAGUUCGCCUGGAACGACUUUUUCAUCGAUUACCGUGACUACAUCCGCUGGCUGUCGCGUGGUAACUCCCGGUCCCACGCCUCCUCCUGGAUUGGGUUCUGUCGUCUCUCGCGUACUCGCAUUACUGGUUACAAGCGCAAGCUCCUCGGUGUUCCAUCCGAGAAGGGUAAUGCAGACGUUCCCAGAGCCCGCAUCACCAACAUCUUCUUCAGUGAAAUUGUUGCGCCUCUCGUCGUUGUCGGUGUCACUUUGAUCCCCUACCUGUACAUCAACUCUCGGACCAUGUUCUCCGAUGAUACUGAGUGGGCAGCGAACCCCAUCGCCCGCAUUGCCAUCGUUGCUUUCGCUCCGGUUGGUAUCAAUGCUGGUGUUGCGGGUAUGAUGUUCGGCAUGGCCUGCUGUAUGGGUCCUCUCUUCAGCAUGUGCUGCAAGAAGUUCGGUGCUGUUCUAGCGGCCAUCGCUCACGCCGUUGCCGUCAUUGCCUUCCUCAUCUUCUUCCUGGCCAUGUUCGUUCUAGAAUCUCUCAACUGGGCUCGUACCAUCUCUGGUAUGAUCGCCGUCAUGGCUCUCCAGCGCUUUGUCUACAAGCUCAUCAUUGCGCUCGCAUUGACCCGUGAGUUUAAGAAUGAUCAGUCCAACAUUGCCUGGUGGACGGGUAAAUGGUACAACAUGGGUUGGCACUCGCUUUCCCAGCCUGGACGUGAAUUCCUUUGCAAGAUCACCGAGCUUGGUUACUUCGCAAACGAUUUCGUCCUAGGUCACAUUCUCCUGUUCGCGAUGCUUCCUGCCCUCGCCAUUCCCUACGUCGACAAGUUCCACUCUGUGAUUCUGUUCUGGCUCCGUCCUAGUCGGCAAAUUCGCCCCCCUAUCUACUCCCUCAAGCAGUCCAAGCUGCGCAAGAGACGUGUUGUUCGUUUCGCCAUUCUCUACUUCACCAUGCUCGUCAUUUUCAUUGUGAUCAUCGCCGCCCCCGUCGUCCUGCGUAACACCAAGGUGCUGGACACAGUCCUCUCCGAUACUCUGUGGGGCAUCAUCGGUGUCAGCAAAAAGGGUCAAAUUGGACUCCUCCAGCCCCUGGACCACGGACUCAACGACACUGUCAAGUGGUUCACCGGCAGCGGUCUCCCUGGUGGCUACUCAUCCGGCGCUGUUCCCUCGCCUUCUUCUGGCACAGACAGCUGGUACAUCUAA